AUGACCCCGGAUCUAUCGAACCACGACAGGCUGGACAGCGACCCCAUCCCUGCGUCGGGAACCCCGACACCGUCCGGGACUGGCACGCCCGGCGGGACGAGACCAGGAGGCCCCCAGCUAAAGUUCAGCGAGACCAUGGAUACUCAAAGGUCAAAGGGCGCAUCCUUGGCCUGGAACGACACCGCGCACACCGACGACAACGACCGCCUCUCGACCGCCACCACUGUCGUCGAACGUCAGACUGACAAGGAGCAGGGGCUCGCCGGCCUCUUGGGCGGCAACGCGGACGAGAACGACCCUUUCCUGGUCGAGUUUGAGUACAACGAUGCACAAGACCCCAACAACUUUGCAAGCUGGCGCAAGUGGCAGAUCACCUUCGUCACGCUCUUUCUCGAGCUCUGGGCCAACGUCAUCUCGUCCUCUUAUGCGUUCGGCGCAUCCGACAUCGCCGCAGAGCUCGGCAUCGGCAACGUGGCCGCCCGCAUCCCCGCUGCCGUCUACCUCUUUGGUUUCGCUCUAGGACCCGUGGUGCUCGCGCCAGCCUCGGAAGACUACGGGCGGUACCCCGUCAUUGGCGGCAGCUUUCUCCUGGUCGCCCUGUGCCAGAUUCCGUGCGGCGUCGGCUCGCAUCUGAGCCUGCUCAUCGUAUUCCGCUUUCUGGCCGGCUUCUUCGCCGCAGCCACCUUCAACUCGAUCGGCACCAUCUCGGACAUGUGGAACCCGGACGAGCAGGGCUGGGCCGUCAACUGCUUUGCAGUGUUUGCCGAAGUGGGUGCAGCGCUAGGACCGGUCUUUUCGGGCUACCUUGUCCUCAACCUCGGGUGGAGAUGGAUCUUUGGCGUCAACGGCAUCGUCGCCGGCUUCCUAUUGGUGCCGUUCCUGCUCUUCGUCCCGGAGACGCGGCAGGGAGUCCUCUUGGCCUCGCGCGCAAAGAGGCUCCGCGAAAGCACCGGCGACGACCGCUACUAUGCGAUGCACGAAAAGAUCCGUUCGCAGCACACUGCGUCUGCCCUCUUCCGCGAGAUGGUCGCACGGCCGAUCGUCAUGCUCUUCACCGAGCCCAUCGUGGCGAGCUUUGCCGUUUUUGAUGGCGUCAACUAUGCCGUCAUCUACAUCUUCCUCGAGGCCUACCCGCUCGUCUUUGCCGACUACGGCUUCAACCAGGGCGAGCAGGGGCUCGCCUUCAUCGGCAUCAUUGUCGGUUUCCUCAUCGGGUUCGCGCUCUACGCGGUCCAGGAGAAGUGGUACGCGCGGGCGGGACGACGGCGGAGCAGCGGCGAGCCCUCGCCCGAGGACCGCAUCCUGUGGGGCCUGCCCGGCGGCGUCCUCUUCCCCGUCUCGCUCCUCUUUUUCGCCUGGACCUCGUUCCCGCCGGUGCCGUGGAUCGUGCCCGUCAUCGCCGGCGCCAUCUUUGGCAUCUCGUCGCACAUCCUCUUCCUGGUCGUGUCCGACUACACGGUGGCGUCCUACUCGUGCUUUGCCGCCUCGGCCGUGGCGGCCCAGUCGCUGCUGCGCGAGCUCCUCAGCGGCAGCGUCACGCUCACCACCGAGAUCAUGUACCACAACCUCGGGUACAAGUGGGCCAGCAGCCUCCUCGGCUUCGUGGGCAUCCCGCUCGCCUGCAUCCCCUUUGUCCUCUACUACUACGGCCCCACCAUCCGCGCCAGGUCGAGCUUCGCAGAGGAAAUCGCCCUGGCCGAACAAGAGGCCAGGCUGCGAAACGACCGCUCCCGCCUGCGCGCCGAGGCAAAGGCGCGGCAGCUCGAGGCCGCCCCAGCGGGAGGCGACGACGGCAAGCAGGAGAAGACACCCGCCACCGUCCCCAAUGACACCGCUGCAACAGACAGCGCCGCUUGA